AUGACACCCGCCAUCGAUCUUGAGGCUACCGCCAACCGUCUUGACUCUUAUACCCCUGCUGCUCUCCAGGCGCAGCAUCAAUCUCACCAACACCACCUUCACCACCACAAGGACACCGCCGAUCUCCUCAUGGAGGCCAAGGAAGCUCAGCGUAUCAAGACCCUUGAGAUCAUGGAUGCGCGCGCAGAGCUGCUUCGCUCCAAGCUCCAGGAUGAUGCCUCCAGCAUCGUCACUGCCGUCGACUCCAACAGCGGCAGCAUCGAAAAGGUCUCGGAAGACUUUCACGAUCCAUGCGGUCCCUUUGAAGGCCCAGAAAAGCUUCUCGAGCUUUGGUUCGCCGAAGAACCCACCGACGUCGCUGCCUGUCAGUGGGCCGAUCCCGAUGCUCGACCCAACUACUUUGGCCUUCGCUCCGUCCCCAAGGCCGUCUGGGAGACCAUGCUGGACAUCGUGAAGUGCAAGGUCCUCAGCGUCAUCGAGGGGUCCCACGUCGAUGCCUACUUGCUCAGCGAGUCCUCCAUGUUCGUCUUCCCACACAAGCUUAUUCUCAAGACCUGCGGAACUACCACUCUUCUGCUUGGUCUCGAGAAGCUUCUUACCAUUGCUGCCAAAGCUCUUGCCGGCCUUAACACCUCUGCCAGCUUUGUCAAGCUUUCGGUCGCCGAGUCGGACGCUCACGCCGCAGCCGCCGCCGCCGAUGCCGGAUCCGACGACUCAGACCUCGACAACGAUGAAGCUACCACCGCCAUGUCGGACUCGAGCUUCAUCCAGGAACGGCAGCUGGGCUCCAUCGUCAAGCAUGCCUUCUACAGCCGAAAGAGCUUCAUGUUUCCCGAGCGUCAGAAGGGUCCUCACCGCGACUGGAUGCUCGAGGUCGCAGUCCUCGAUCGCUUCUUCGACUACGGCUCUGCAUACACCGUCGGCAAGAUGAACGGAGAUCACUGGCUCCUCUGGAUGGGCUGCGAAGGUGCACGGGAGGCCGAGCGUGUUCCCAGUCAUGCUUCGGCUGCUGCCUCUGUGGAGCGCCCUUUGGCUCUGCCCGCUCCCUGCGUCGAAGACCAGACCCUCGAGAUCCUCAUGACGCACCUCUCGUCUGCUUCGUGCGCUCGCUUUGUCUUCGACGAGGAGUUGCCACACCCCACCGUGGCCGAAUGCUACCCGCGCAAGCAGCUCACCGCCGCUGAAGCCUCUGCACCCGCUGCCUCGCUCGACAAGGGUCACGCUCUCGGCCUUGCGCUCUCCAACAAGCUCGGUCUCACCGAUCUUCUGCCCGAGACCGAACUCGACGCCUUCGCCUUCGAACCAUGUGGCUACUCGGCCAACGCCGUCAUGCCGCGUGGAGGCAAGAACGACCACGCUGGGUACUGGACCAUCCACGUCACCCCCGAGGAAGACUCCUCCUACGCUUCGUUCGAGACCAACGUCUCGCUUUGCUCCAACACGGCUGCGAGCGUCGAUCAGCUCCCCACCAACCUGCCUUCAUUGGUUCGGAAGGUCGUCGACAUCUUUGAACCGGGCAAGAUGUCCGUCACGCUCUUCGUGGCCACUUCGGAGGAGGUUGAGGAGGUGGACGGUAAGGCGGCGCUCACCAACGAGGAUAUUUUGCACGCUCUUACGCUUAAGGGGUACAAGAGGACCGAUCGGAUCGCCUACGAGUUCGAGAGGUACAACCUCGUCUUUGUUUCGUUUGAGAAGAGGCGUUCUCACUAG